UGACAUGCCACAGUUUCUGCGCUCCGAUCGCUCACUCUUAUGUUACUGCUCAAGUAUGCAUUCAGAAAAGAGCCAACAGAUAUAGCAGAUUUAUUCUAGUUGUCGAGGUCAAGGACUCCUUUUUUUUGUUGGAUUCAGCUGAGAGGGAACUCUUUCCUCAUAUCGCCAGACAGGCUUUCUGCUUUGCAGUCUACUGUCGGUGUGCACCACUGAUAAAAAAACAUGUGAGAAUAUUUUUAAAGGAAAUUAUUUAUCAGUCUAAAGCACCGGUGAAUUAUGCACUGUUUCCAGUGCCCAAGUUAGGGCACUUUCAGCAAAGCACAGUAUCUGCAUGCACUGCAAUUCAGAGACUCCGGCCGCUGGAAGCUCUUGCAAGCCAUAAACCAGUGGACUCCAAUUUCCUUGAAUGCUGUAAAUUAGCUCUGAAGGAAUGGACAACUCCAACAAAAAAACCCACACAAGACUUCUGAGAAGCCAACAAGGGAACUAGAAAAAACAGUUUAACUUGCAAAAUCUCAUCUGACCCAUGACUGACACUCUGUUAAUGCAACAAUAAUUUAAGACACCUUUGUACGUCAGGUACUGAAACUCCUCAGAAUGUUACUGUUUGUACAGUGCUUUUUUCUUCAGUCUCCCAGUAUAUAGUGGAACAGAGAAAUCCCAUUUACAUUCAAUUGUUUAUGAAAAAACCCAAAUACUAUAUAUAAUGCUUUAAACAAUUUUCUUGCAAGAUACCACAACACAGUUCAUUUCAUAUGACAGGCUUAAAAAACCUAACCUGUUGGCAGCCCAUUCACACACCAUCUGUUCCCCGCAGGGCAGCUGCCUGAUUCAACCUGACCGAUUAGGGGGACAUGGUUAUUUGUGCUGUGGUAAACUCGCUGACUGGUAUCCUUUCUGCAGGCUCAGCAAGUCUGUGCUGCAGUUAUUGAGGCUGGAGAUUCAUUUACAACCAUAAGGGCAAAUUUCAAAAUUAAAUCAAGGUGUUUGUCCUCCCUAGAAGAGACUAAUCCUAUGUGCACAUCCUCCUAGAAAAAAUGUAACUCCCUCCAGCAAGAGGGAUUUUCUCUGUAAAGCUUAUACAGGUCCCAAAGACAAAAUAAACUAUGCAAGCAAAGGAAAGCAAAGGACUUUGCAUUGAAAAAUACAGAUUCUAACGUGUCAAAAUUUGGUCCAAAAAGGCUGGUAUUCACCAGUUAUCCCAUGUCAGUGUACAGGCUACUUGAAAGACAUACAGUAACCUAUACAGUGGACAGAAAAACGUUCAACCUGGCAGACUUUCCUCCUUGCCUGCUACAUGGAUUCUGGUAAUGCAGAAAUCCCAGGUUGAUCUCUGCACAUGUACCUGUGCAUAAUGCACUGUAGUGUCACACUCAUUAACAUAUUCAGAGCCAGCUGCAUGUGACUAGAAUGCCAUAAUAUGCAUAAAUAGUCUUAUCUGUAUGUAUUUUUUCCAGAUCCAAGGAUGUUUGUGUUACUUUACAUUACAAGUUUUGCCAUCUACACAAGCGAACAACCUCUUCAAGGCCAGCUCAAAGGAGAAAAUUACUACACCAGAUACAUUUGUAGCAUCCCUGGUUUGCCAGGCCCUGCGGGUCCCCCCGGAGCUGGUGGAUCCCCGGGGCCACACGGACGCAUUGGUCUUCCAGGAAGAGAUGGUAGAGAUGGCAGGAAGGGAGAAAAAGGUGAAAAAGGGAGCACAGGUUUAAGAGGAAAGACUGGGCCAUUAGGACCAGCUGGAGAGAAAGGAGACCAAGGUCAGUCUGGUAAAAAAGGACCUGGAGGAUUGACUGGUGCCAAAGGUGAAGUAGGUCCAGCUGGACCACCUGGACCUAAGGGAGAUAAAGGAGACCGAGGAGAGCCAGGUGCUCCAGGGGUCUGUAAGUGUGGAAAGAUAGUGCUGAAAUCGGCCUUUUCUGUUGGCAUCACCACCAGCUACCCAGAGGAAAGAUUACCAAUUGUAUUCAAUAAAGUCCUCUUCAAUGAGGGGGAGCAUUACAACCCUUCUACAGGGAAGUUUAUUUGUGCCAUCCCAGGGAUUUAUUAUUUUUCUUAUGAUAUUACCUUAGCAAACAAGCAUCUUGCAAUUGGACUGGUUCACAAUGGGAAGUACCGGAUAAAGACAUUUGAUGCAAACACAGGCAACCACGAUGUAGCUUCUGGAUCCACAGUGAUCUACCUUCAGCCAGAAGAUGAAGUAUGGCUUGAGAUCUUCUACACUGACCAAAACGGUCUCUUUUCUGAUCCAACAUGGGCAGACAGUUUGUUUUCUGGAUUUCUCUUAUACGUUGAUACAGAUUACCUUGAUGCUUUAUCGGAUGAAGAUGAGCUCUGAAGCAGAUGAUGUCUAAUGGCAUUCAAACUGGAUACCCCAGGACAGGAUCUUAUGUAGCUGGGAGGGGCACAAAGUUGAAAAAAAAAAUAAUCUGGGAGAUUAUUUUUGCUUUGAUAGGAACCAAAUCUGAGCUCCUAACAAUCUUUCUAGAAUCCAAGCUGGAUUUUUUAUCCAACAGCAGGGAUAUCAAAAGGAACUGCAAUCAACAAAAGACUGAAUCACUCCAGGAAUGACUCCUGAAAGUUACUUUUAUAAUACUAUUUAAACAAAUUUAAGAUACUGUACAUUGGAUUUUAUGUAAAAUAUAUUAAGUUGCAAUGUAGAAUGGAUAUUUUGUAUAUGAUAUUAAAGUAAAAUUGAAAAAUUGA